UCGGGGAGAUGUGGGGUCUGACCUGAGGGUGCAGCGACGUCGCCUUCGUGGUCUCGCAGCCUCAGUACAGUUAUGGCAGAGAUCAGCAGAACGGAAAAGGUCCAGCUGCACGCCCCAGAUCUAGAGGAGCUGCGUGGUGUAUUACAAACUGGACUGGAAAACAACUUUGCUGAAGUUCAGGUGCGUGUUGUUGAGUGCCCAGAUCUCACCAAGGAGCCCUUCCAGUUUCCUGUCAAAGGCCUGUGUGGAAGUCCUCGCAUCACUGAUGUCGGUGGUGUGCCGUACUUGGUCCCCUUGGUUCAGAAACACAAGGAAUACGACAUGAACACCGUAUCAAAGGAGGUGGAGCUGCCGGGAGCCUUCAUCCUGGGUGCAGCAGGAGCCCCCUCCAGAGUUAUUGGAAUGAAUGCAGAGCUGAUGCCUGUGGUUCUGACCGAAGCAGAGGGAAGGCCUGCGGUGAACCGCAGCUACUUCUCCUCCAUCAAUCCAGCUGAUGGCCAGUGUCUGCAAGAGAAAUACAGCGACAAAUUCUCUGACUGCAGCUUUGGACUGCUGGGCAAUCUGUACGCUUGUGAAGGGAAGCCUGGCAAGGUCAUAGAGGUGCGAGCCCGGAAGAGGACAGGAGGCCACAGUCUCGUGACGGCCUUGAGGAACACUCUUGAAGGUCGCUACCCUGAUAAAAGCCUGGCUCUGGGAGGCACCUUUGUCAUCCAGAAAGGGAAAGCUAAAAUCCACAUCAUGCCAAGAGAGUUCUCAGCCUGCCCCCUCAACACCAAUGAUGAUGUGAACAACUGGCUCAAACACUUUGAGGUCAGCGCCCCGCUCAUCUGCCAGUCGGUGCUGGUCUCCAGAGAUCCAGGUUUGGACCUGCGCGUGGAGCACACCCACUGCUUCAGCCACCACGGAGAGGGGGGCCACUACUACAUAGACACCACACCGGACACGGUGGAGUACCUGGGCUACUUCAUGCCUGCAGAGUUUGUGUACCGCAUCGACAGGCCCAAAGAGACCCACGCAGUCGGACGAGAUUGAAAAAUACAUGAAUUAAUAAAUCAUGUUUGCUGCACAGCAUCUCGUCAUAAUCUAAAUGAUUCAAGCGGUUAUGUGAUUUAUGUUCUAUGUAUUAUAACAAGACCACAAGAACUUGAUUUUAUACAAUUGAAUGUGAUGAGUUUGCAUCAUUUCUCUGAAUCUUUGCUCUGAAAUCACUUCUGUAAAAAAAAUCUGCAUUUCUUGGAAACAGAAUCACUUCAUGUAAUAAAAAA